CUUGCUGUAAACUAGUAGGCUACUUAAUGUAAAUCCUCUCACAACAAGGUGUGUAGGUGUAUUGUCUGGAUUGGGUUGGUACUAUAUGGCAUAGCUUUCCUAGCUAGUAGUUAGCGUAACAAAACCCGGACCUUCCGUCAAAGAACCCAAAGCAAGCAUCUCCAGAUCACACACGAGUGUCGAUCGCUGUCACAGUCAGUUUGAUGUUCGUUUGCUUUUUAUUAUUCGACGCCAUCUACGAUGGCGGACUGGUACAAAGCCUCGCUCGGCGAUAUUCCCGUGGACGAAGUACACAAAGCCAAAAAGGAUGAAAUUAGGUUUUGUUCCCGUCGAUCUCCCGUGCUUUGUCGACACGCCUGUGUGACAACCAGUCAACCUCUGGCUACUAGUAUCGGUGUUGAUUUCUUGAGACGACACGCCAACGCUGCCGAUACGGCUGUCGCCGUCGCGGCUGCUUUGGCUGUAACCGAGCCUUGUUCGACUGGAUUGGGAGGCGAUAUGUUUUGUCUUUAUUUCGAUGCGGCGACGAAAGAAGUGAUGUGCGUCAACGGCAGCGGAGCAAGUCCAGCCGAUCUUUCUUUGGAUCUUCUGAAAAAAACGUAUCCAGAUGGACUUGGUGGAGUCAACGAAGCUAUGUUUCGGGACUCUCCGCAUGCCGUAACGGUUCCUGGAGCAGCACGGGGCUGGGAGGACUUGUUGAGCAAACAUGGUUCGGGAAAAUUCACGCUAGCGCAGCUGUUGGAACCAUCCGCGGUUUUGGCGGAGGAAGGUUUUCCGGUAGGGCCCGUAACGUCUUAUCACUGGAAAGCGGGCAUACCACAGAUUCGGAAAUGGCUGCUAGAAAAUGAAUCUGUGCCGCUCACUAUCAAUGGUCGCGAUGGUCCGGAACCGGGCGAUUUGAUCUAUAAUCCCGACUUGGCUCGAGUCUUGCGCAAUCUUGGCAAGCAAGGUUCCAGCCUAGGAUUUUACCGAGGAAAUCCGGGACAAGCAAUUGUUGAUAUCAUCCAGAAACAUGGAGGAACCAUGACCUUACAAGAUUUGGCGAUGCACAAGUCUGACUUCCCGGAAGCCCUGUCGGUGGAAUAUCGUGGAUGUAAGCUUUGGCAACACCCUCCCAAUGGACAAGGGGUCGCUGGUCAAAUUGCACUGGCCGGUGUCGAUUGCCUAGAGCAAACCGGGAAGUGUCCCACGAUAACUCCCGAGACGAUAGGUAACGCAGAUUCCUAUCACGUCAUGAUGGAAAUGAUGCGAUUGGGCUUUGCAGAUGCUCGGGCAUACGUUGCCGACCCUGCAAGUAUGAAGGUGGACAACAAGUUUCUGCUCAAUACGGAUCGAAUCGGUUCGCGUGCCGAACAGUUGUUUAACCCGGAAAAAGCGGCAAUUGCGGGACUUCCGGAUGCGUCGAAUUGUACCGUGAGUUUUCAAGUAGUUGAUGAAGCAGGAAACGCCAUAUCAUUCGUGAACAGUAACUUUAUGGGCUUUGGGACCGGGCUUGUACCCGAAGGCUGCGGCUUUACACUACAAAAUCGAGGAUUUGGUUUCAACCUCCAAGAAGGACACCCGAAUCAAGUUGGAGCUUCCAAGCGCCCUUACCAUACGAUCAUUCCCGGUGUUUUGACACAUUCAGACACUAGUGAGCUGUACGCGACCAUUUCCAACAUGGGUGGCAAUAUGCAACCGCAAGGACACAUGCAGCUAACGAUUGAUAUGCUUGCCGGAGGCAUGGAUCCGCAACAGGCGAUUGACAUGCCACGAUUCUGCAUAGCGGAUGGCACCCAAGCUGGUGUUGUCUUUAUGGAGGAGGGUGUGAAGGAAGAAGUCUUAUACGAAUUGAAACGGCGUGGGCAUAUAAUUCAGUCCAACCAAAGUGGGCACGAAAGAAGCACUUUCGGGCGGGCGCAAAUCAUCAAACGUGACCGCGCUACGGGAGUUCUAUGGGCCGGUUCCGAUGGUCGAGCAGAUGGGUGUGCUAUGGGGUUUUGA